AUGGCUCAACAACCACAAUCUUCCACUGGAAGAGGAUUGGACUUCAAGGAUCUUGUCAUCUUGGUGACAGGUGCCGGUAGUGGUAUAGGCAAAGUAUACGCAAAGUUCUUCGCUUCUCGAGGUGCUAAAGUGGUCAUCAAUGAUGUAUCUGACAAGGCUGCGCAAUCUGUUGCGGAUGAAAUCAAAAGCUCCGGUGGAACAGCUGCAAUCGCACCUGGAUCAGUGGCCGAUGGUCAACAAGUGGUGGACGCUGCUGUCAAAGCUUUCGGUACAGUACAUGUACUGAUCAAUAAUGCUGGCAUACUGCGUGAUAAAUCCUUCAAAAACAUGUCGGAGCAGGAUUGGGAUUUGGUAACUCUUGUACACCUCAAAGGUGCUUAUGCUUGCACGAAAGCUUGUUGGCCAAUUUUUCGACAACAGAAGUUCGGAAGAGUAGUAAAUACAGCUUCCGCGGCUGGAUUGUAUGGAAACAUGGGUCAAGCAAAUUACUCUGCUGCAAAGAUGGGUUUGGUCGGUCUCACUCGGACUUUAGCUCGAGAAGGUGUUAAAUAUAACAUAAAGACCAAUGUCAUUGUACCUAUGGCUGCUUCUGCAAUGACUGAGACAAUUCUCCCUCCUGACAUGCUCAAAGGGUUGAAACCUGAAUUUAUCGCUCCAAUGGUUGGUGUGCUUACCGCCAAAAAUGGACCCGACGUCAAUGGUAGGAUCUUCGAAUUAGGUGCUGGGUUCUUCUCUGAAGUCAGAUGGGAAAGAUCGAAAGGCGCCAUUUGGCGUACUGAUGAGAGCUUCACUCCAUCUGCGGUCGCUGAGAAAUGGGCAGAAGUGCAAGAUUUCGAGAAUCCGGAGCAUCCUUUGAAUAGCGAAGAUGGUGACAUGAUGGGUUGGGCGAAGAAGUCCAAGUCACUGCCUCCCAACAAACAGCUAUCCCCAUCUAUCACCUUCAAAGGCAAGACCGUUAUCAUCACUGGUGCCGGAGCUGGUCUAGGAAGGGACUAUGCUCUGAUGUAUGGUAGAUUAGGAGCGAACGUUGUUAUCAAUGAUGUCAGCAAAGAAGGGGCCGAAAAGGUCGUCAAGGAAGUCAAAGAAGUUGGUGGUAAUGCUGUCGCCGCAGUCUGCUCCGCAGAAGAUGGUGACGCUAUCGUCAAAGCUGCUGUCGAUGCCUUCGGAACCGUUCACGUCCUUGUUGCAAACGCUGGAAUACUCCGAGACAAGGCUUUCGUCAAUAUGGAUGAGAAGAUGUGGGAUCAAGUGAUCCAGGUUCAUUUGAGAGGCACUUUUAAGUGUGCCAAAGCGGUUUGGCCAAUCUUCCAAAAGCAAAAGUAUGGAAGAAUCAUCACUACCGCCUCGCCCAACGGUAUCUACGGUACAGUUGGACAAGCGAACUACUCUACCGCUAAAGCUGCCUUGAUUGGUCUUGCUCGAACACUCGCAAUUGAAGGUUCUCGAUCCGGUAUCUUGGUCAAUUGUAUCGCUCCUCGAGCUGGUACAGCUAUGACAGCUACAGUCUGGCCGAAAGAGUUCAUGGAAGCUAUGAAAGCUGAAUACGUCGCUCCUGUUGUUGGAUAUUUGACAUCGGAGGCUUGUGAAGAUUCCGGUACUUUCUACGAGGUCUUCGGUGGUUAUGCAGCUCAAAUGAGAUGGCAAAGAACCUAUGGAGUAUCCUUCCCCAAUGACAGGGAGUUGCAACCAGAGUCUAUUGUAGCGAAAUGGAAGGAUAUCACGACCUUUGAUGAUAAAGCUACCAAUCCAUCUUCUGGACCUGAAGCUUUGCAACAAAUCAUGGCGAAUUUCUCGAAUACUGCUAGUGAAGGAGCAACUACCGGUGAAGAAAUCAACGAGGAUCCUGAAGAUACUGAAGAAAUCAAGGAGGCCAAAAAGAAUAUCCCUGAGCCUGAAGAAUACACAUACACAGAAAGAGACGUGAUGCUUUAUAACCUUGGUAUUGGAGUUAAAGCGGAUGAGUUACAAUGGACUUAUGAGAAUUCCGACGACUUCUCAGCCCUUCCAACAUUCGGCGUUAUCCCGCAGUUCGGAUCAUCUUCGGCACUCGGUAUGGACUUUGUACCCAAUUUCAAUCCUGCUAAACUUCUUCACGGUGAACAAUACCUUAAACUGGUCAAACCAAUCCCAACUUCUGGAACUUUGGUUAAUCAUGUCAGGUUACUGGAAGUUCUGGACAAAGGCAAAACAGCAGCGGUGACUGUCAAAGUUGAAACCAAGGAGAAAUCAAGCGGAGAUCUGAUUUGUGAAAAUCAAAGUACUGUUAUUCUCAGAGGAAGUGGUGGAUUCGGUGGCAAAAAGAACGGUUCUGAUCGGGGUGCAGCGACGGCAUCUAACACUCCGCCAAAACGUAAACCAGAUGCUGUGGUGGAAGAGAAAACAACGAAUGAACAAGCUGCAAUCUACAGAUUGUCAGGUGAUUACAAUCCACUUCAUGUCGAUCCAUCUUUCGCGAGUAUGGGUGGAUUCCCCAAGCCCAUCCUUCAUGGUCUUUGUUCAAUGGGUAUAGCGGGAAAACAUGUCUUGAAGACUUUUGGUCCCUACAAAGAUAUCAAAGUCAGAUUUGCGGGAACAGUCAUUCCAGGUGAGACCUUAGUGACCGAAAUGUGGAAGGAAGGUGAUAAGGUUAUCUUCGUCGCCAAGGUCAAAGAGCGAGAUGCACCUGCUUUGAGUAAUGCAGCUGUCACACUCAUUCAAGGAGAUGAGAAAGUAAAAGCGAAGUUGUAG